UUUGAAAAGGAUUGUCCAACAACGUCUUCAACUCCCGCAAAAGACCUAUUACAUUUAAAGCGUAAAAAGUUUAACACGUCUGGUUGCUACAAUACAGAGGUCAGCAUUUCAAAACGACCUGUGGAAGGAAACGAGGUUAUUGACAUUUUAACCACUAUUUCCAAACAGCUUGACGAUUUGACGACGAGGGUAUGCGAUUUGGAAACUAAAAUCGAUAAGCAUUUAAAAGAAAAUAUUAUUCAUAAAAGUGAAGAAAUGGAGCAGCAAAAAACGGUUCGUGAAUGCAAGGUCCUCAUCCGCAAAAUUCAUCAAUCGGUAUGCCGAAUGACUGGUGAAGAUGUCGACAACGUUCAAACCGAAAUUGCUUCCACCCUACCAUUAAAUACGCUCGCUGCAGCUUUGGAAAUGGACGAAAAAUUGAAAUGCGACGAAUUUGCUGCUACAACGAAACAAUUCAUUUUGAGGAUAAAAGGUACUUCAGAUAGUGUACAUGAUGUAUACUUACGGCUACCCGCUUGUGACAAAUAUUCCAACACAACUACACAUCUCUAUACACUAACACCAACGCACAUUUUCUGGUUAUUUUUUGUUUACCUAAAUACGAUGAAAAAAGUUUGUUUCAUUUUUUGAUUUAUUUUAAUGAGUGCGAAGGAGAAAACAUAAUUGUCCAUAGUGACAAUAGAAAAUCCCAAACAGGGUAAUAAAAAAAAAACGAUUGAAAGACGCAUGUCGUUCGUGAUCGAACCAUCGUAAAGGAGGGUCGUACAACAAGAAGGUAAGUGAAUUUUAUGUGAUUUUUUAACAAUAUUUUGAAAAUAAUUAUUUCAUUUAUUUUUAUAGCAUUGCAAAUCAGAAGUGAAUUGGAAGAAUCAGCAGCAGCUAUAUCAUCAGAAGCGGCAAAUAUCAAUUGUUAAGUAAGUAUGUGAAGAAAGUGUGUGUACUUUGAAAUUGGACUGCGCAGUCCAAGAUAAAACGCAAAAAUAAAUACAUACAUACGAGUAUGUAUGUACAUAUGUACAUACAUAUGAAUUUUAUGCUUUUAAGGCGGCCUGCGCAAUCCAAUAUAAUAUGUGAAAACCAAUGUUUGUUUUAUAUUUUAAAUGAUCAAAUAAGAUUUAUCUUUUCUUUCAGAUGUUAUUAUUAUUUUUAUUUAAUUAUUCUUUC